AUAGCGGAAGUUUAAUGCGUAACGCUUCAGUGCCUAAUGUCGUUGAUUCAGGAAGUGGGGAUCUCUUUUCGGAAACAUAUAUUUGAAAGCCUUAACAAAGUUCCAGGAUGGAAAGUUCUGGUUAUGGAUGAUGCGGCCACAAAAGUGUUGUCAUCAUGUUUUAAGAUGCAGGAUUUAACUGAAUAUGGUGUAACUCUUGUGGAGUCUCUUAAACGGAAAAGACAGAAGCUUAACAUGCCAGCAGUAUACAUCAUGAAACCUCGAAGAGCGGAGGUAGAGUUGCUGCUGCAAGAUUUUACAUCUUCUGGCGCAACAUACACAAACGCCCACGUAGUUUUCCUUUCGGCCUGUUCCAGUGAUCUUCUGAAGCAGAUAGCUUCAUCACAGUCAAUCCGAUAUUUUAAGACAUUGAAGCAGUUAUCCCUAGACUUCAUUCCUAUUGAAUCUCAUCUUUACACACUAGAUUCAAUGGAGACAGCUCAACUUUACUCCCUACCAUCGGAUAUUGUUCAUGACAAACUUGGUCGAAUUGAUCAAAUUGCUGAACAAUUAGCCUCUGUGUGUAUAACGUUGCAAGAAUACCCCAAAGUGUGUUACCAAAAGACAGAUAGUAACCUGGAAUUAGCUCGUUUGGUACAAUUGAAGUUAGAUACCUAUAAAAGUGACAAUCCAUCCUUGGGUCAAGGUUCUCAUAAAGAUCAAAGUAUUUUAUUGAUCGUUGAUCGCAGUUUGGAUCCAAUUAGUCCUCUAUUGCAUGAAUUAACACUUCAGGCUAUGUGCUAUGAUUUACUUACUGUGGAGGAUAAUUCCAUUGUAUAUGAUGGAAAUCGUAAAGCAAAUGUAGCUGAGGGUGACACACUAUGGAAAGAAUUUCGGCAUCAGCAUAUCGCAGAUGUUACAAGAACUCUUCCUCAGCGUGUUCGUGAAUUCGCAGAAAGCAAGAAAGAAUUUGCGGAAUUUGAAGAAGGCAGUGUAAACGCAGUUUCAUCGAACGAUGAUACGAAUAAAAAUGCUUCCGGAGGAGUUAGAAGUCUAUCUGACCUAAUCAAACGUAUGCCACAAUAUCAAACUGAAUCAGCUAGUUACGCUGCUGUCUAUCAUGUUGUUGAAACGUGUAUGACCAUUUUUAAAAAAGGUGUAGAUAAACUAUGUCAAAUCGAACAGGACCUUGUAAUGGGUGAAACUGCUGAAGGAGAACCAGUUACCGAUCCUAUGCGCGUAUUAGUGGACAUUUUCAAAUACGAUUUUACAUCGGUGGAGGAACGUCUACGCCUUUUAAUUAUUUUCUCUCUUAUUAAAGAGGGAUUUGCAGAAUCCCAUUUAGAUAAAUUGUUAGAUUGUGCGCAAGUUGCACGAUCAUUUAAACCACUCUUUGCCAGUUUAUCAUUGAUCUUGGGCGCACAAUUAAUUCAAGUUGAUCCGGUUACUAUGACGCUACCUAGUCAAACGAAUAUUCCACAGUUUCAGUUAGGUAGAUGUGUAUGUCUUCAGCGACUACCACCGAUUUCAAAAGUUGCCAAAGUUCUACAGACAUAUCUUCCAUCGAAAAAGAAGCGUGUCGAUCGUGUUGACGUCAGUUCUUAUGCACUUUCUCGAUGGACACCAUAUCUACUAGAUGUUAUGGAACAAGCUAUUCAAGGGAAGCUGGAUAAUUCACGUUUUGGAUUUGUUGUAGCGAAGGGGAUCAAAGACGUAUACGGCCUUGGCAGUGCAGUGGAUACUACUUCUAAAACAUUUAAAAAGCCUUCUGCACGGUUUUAUGCCAGUGGAGUUUUAUCUUCUAGUUCUUCUGCUUCCAAUAUUGUUGGGUCAGGUAGCCCAAAACUUGGAUCAGAUCGUAAUGCAACCUCAUCGUCUAUGACUGAACAUUGUGGCCCUCGUCUUAUAGUCUUUGUUGCUGGUGGUUUCACUUUAUCCGAAGCCAGAGUGGGGUAUCAGUUAACUCAGAAAUGUUUAGACGCUCGUUUGGUUGCUAGCGACAGGAAUACAGGGAAUUCUACUGGACCGACAACAGAAAACACUCCUACCAUUCCAGGUGGUGGAGUUGGUUGGAACUGGGAAGUUGUUGUUGGUGGUACACACUUAUUAACACCAAAAGUAUACUUGGAUAAUCUUGAAAAUAUUGCAAAAAUCAUAAUGCCACCAAUUUCAAGUACACCAAUACCUGAGGCUAUACUUCGUCGUGUUUCAACUCAACCUGCUCAUAGAGGAUAAUUCACUAUGAUAAAGCUCUAAACCAUAACAUAUCAAUUCUGUUCUCUUUUUUUUUUUUUGUAUUCCAACCAUUUGCAGUGAAUAACAUUACCGUUAUCACUAUCAUUCAUAUUAUCAUCUGUUUACAGAUGCUGAGAAUUCUAAAUUGAAUGGGCAACUGUUGGGAAUAAACUGCUUGUUAUUAUUAUUAUUAUUACUAGUAGUAAUAUUUGUUGUUAGCGCUUUCUGAUCGAGUAUUCCAUUCCAUGUUCUUUGUUUCACUUGAUUUUCUUAUGUUUUUUUCAAACUUGAAGUAUGUUUUUGUCUCUGAUUUUAACAUCAUCUCAACCAACCUAUUUUCUAUGCUUUGACUUUACUUUUUAUUUUUUCAAAUAGUAGUUAAUUUAAUAAACACUGGCUAAUUUUUA